GGAAAUGUGAGCUAAGGAGUAAAUUUGGCGGGAGCUGUUAAAGAGACAGCCGGAUAAUCGCCACGCUGCUGAAAGUUCAGAAUGACCUAAAAUUAUACAGUUUUUGAGCCAUGGUGUGGCAGAAUACUGGUCGGUUGAAGUUCAGCAAGUUCGACAAGGCCGGAAAAAGCGGUGACGACGGCAAACUCCCAACGAGAGAUGACACGUCGGAAAGGCGCCUUCUAGAGUCACUUUCUAACGACGAGCUUGAUGCCAAGUUCGGAUUCAAACGGCACCAGGAAGGAACCGAAAGGAUCGGAUGGCUUAUCAACAUACACCCGACGGAAAUCCUGAACGAAGAUAAACGCCUGAUCAGUGCCGUCGAUUACUACUUCAUCGAGGAAGAUGGAAGCCGCUUCAAAGCUUCGCUGCCAUACGAGCCUUACUUCUACGUCGCCGCGAAGCCGGGCACAGAACAAGAAGUUAUUUCUUUCCUCACCCGAAAAUACCAGGGAACUGUCGUGAGGGUGGAACAAGUUCCAAAAGAAGAUCUCGAUCUGCCUAACCACCUAGUGGGUUUGAAGAGGACCUACCUGAAGCUGCUAUUCCUUUCUGUGAACGACCUGAUAAAAGUUCGAAAGGAACUGCUUCCAGCCAUCCGGAAAAACCUGGAGCGACAGACUACCUCGUGUACACGUGCACUCGGGCCACAGUCGAGGAACGGGGCUGAACCCACAGCAGCAUCGAAGAGGAUGAUGGAACAGACUGAGAACAUUGUAGACAUCAGGGAGCAUGACGUUCCAUACCACAUCAGAGUGUCCAUCGACCUGAAGAUCUUUGUGGGGCUCUGGUACGCCGUCAGAGGUCGUGGGGUGGAGGCUCCUGAUAUCAAAAAGCGAGAGGACAUUCUGAUAGUGCCAGAUGUCACUGUCCUGGCAUACGACAUAGAGACGACCAAGCUGCCUCUAAAGUUCCCGGAUGCUGCAACAGACCAGAUUAUGAUGAUAUCGUACAUGGUGGAUGGCCAAGGCUACCUUAUCACGAACCGGGAGAUUGUGUCGGCUGAUGUGGAGGAUUUCGAGUACACGCCGAAACCCGAGUUCGAGGGGCCUUUCAUCGUCUUCAACGAGCCAAAUGAGCUGUCCCUGAUCCAAAAGUUCUUUGACCAUAUCAUCGAAGUGAAACCAUUGGUCAUUGCUACCUACAACGGAGACAACUUUGACUGGAUGUUUGUGGAGGCCCGUGCGGCAGUGCACAGUCUGGACAUGUCCAAAGAAGUGGGCUACAGCCGCAGCCGAGAGGGCUACUACCUGAGUCGCCCCAGCGUCCACAUGGACUGCUUCCACUGGGUGCAUAGGGACAGCUACCUGCCCGUGGGCAGCCAGAACCUCAAGGCCGUUGCGAAGGCCAAGCUAAGGUAUGAUCCUGUGGAGCUUGAUCCUGAAGACAUGUGCAAGAUGGCUGCUGAGCAGCCCCAAGUACUGGCUAAUUAUUCCGUGUCUGAUGCGGUAGCCACAUACUACUUGUACAUGAAAUAUGUGCACCCCUUCAUUUUUGCCCUGUGUACCAUCAUUCCCAUGGAGCCUGAUGAGGUGCUGCGGAAAGGCUCGGGUACCCUGUGCGAGGCCCUGCUCAUGGUGCGAGCCUUCCACGCGAACAUCGUGUUCCCCAACAAGCAGGAGGCGACGCUGAACAAGCUCACCGAGGACGGCCAUGUGCUCGACCAGGAGACUUACGUGGGGGGACAUGUGGAGGCGCUCGAGUCCGGGGUCUUCCGCGCCGACCUCCCCUGCCGAUUCCGCCUGGUUCCAGAAGCAUUCCAGAACCUGAUUGAUGCUGUGCCAAAAACUCUCAGACACGCCAUUGAGGUUGAAGAAAAAGUGCCUUUUGAGGAAGUGCUCAACUUUGACGAGGUGUGCGAAGAAAUCAGGACUGCAUUGGCUUCUCUUCGGGACUGCCCGUCAAGGCUGGAGAAACCCAUCAUCUACCAUCUUGACGUUGGGGCAAUGUAUCCCAACAUCAUUCUCACAAACCGACUUCAGCCUUCGGCCAUGGUGGAUGAGGCAGACUGCGCAGCCUGUGACUUCAACAAGCCUGGCGCAACCUGUCGGCGUUCCAUGCCUUGGACCUGGAGGGGAGAAUACAUGCCGGCAAGUCGGGCAGAGUUCCAGCGAAUCCAGCAGCAGCUGGAGAUGGAGCGGUUUCCGCCGGCCCAGCCGGGUCUUCCGCAGAGGGCCUUCCAUGAGCUGCCCCGUGAGGAGAGGGCUGCCAUGGAGAAGAAGCGCUUAGCAGACUACUGCAGGAAGGCUUACAAGAAGGUUCACAUCACCCGGACAGAAGUUCGGGAGACCACAAUCUGCCAGAAAGAAAACUCCUUCUAUGUGGACACCGUCCGUAACUUCAGAGACCGUCGCUACGAUUUCAAGGCUCUACUCAAGGUGGCAAAGAGAAAUGUAGCCGAGGCCUUGGAGAAAGGAGAUGCUGCAGAGAUCAAGGCAGCCAAGAACUUGGAGGUCCUGUAUGACUCCCUUCAGCUGGCCCACAAGUGCAUCCUCAACUCUUUCUAUGGCUACGUCAUGAGAAAAGGAGCCAGAUGGUACAGCAUGGAGAUGGCAGGCAUUGUGUGUCACACAGGGGCCGGCAUCAUUACUCAUGCCAGGGAACUUGUGGAGCAAGUUGGGCGCCCAUUGGAGUUGGACACAGACGGCAUCUGGUGUGUGCUGCCAGCAUCGUUCCCGGAGAACUUUGUGAUCCGCACCAGUAAUGCCAAGAAGCCCAAGCUCACCAUUUCCUAUCCUGGAGCUGUGCUCAACAUCAUGGUUCAGGAGGUCAACACAAAUGAUCAAUACCACGAGCUGGUGAACCCAGAGACCCUAGAGUACGUUCAGCGGUCGGAGAACUCCAUCUUCUUCGAAGUGGACGGCCCCUACCUGGCCAUGAUUCUUCCAGCGUCCAAAGAGGAAGGAAAAAAGCUAAAGAAAAGGUACGCCGUGUUCAACUUUGACGGCUCCCUGGCCGAAUUGAAGGGCUUUGAGGUGAAACGCCGUGGAGAGCUGCAGCUCAUCAAGAUCUUCCAGUCGUCUGUGUUUGAGGCCUUCCUCAAGGGCAAGACUCUGGAGGAGUGCUACACUGCCGUGGCCAAGGUUGCCAACUACUGGCUUGACGUGCUCUACAGCAAGGCUGAGAGUAUGCCGGAUGAGGAGCUCUUCGAGCUCAUUUCUGAAAACCGAAGCAUGUCGCGGAAGCUGGAGGACUAUGGUGUCCAGAAGUCAACCUCUAUCUCGACUGCCAAGAGGCUGGCAGAGUUCCUUGGGGACCAGAUGGUCAAAGAUGCAGGACUUAGCUGUCGCUUCAUCAUCUCCAAGAAGCCAGAAGGGGCUCCUGUCACAGAAAGGGCAAUCCCUUUGGCCAUAUUUCAAGCCGAGCCAAGUGUCAAGAGACACUACCUCAGGCGAUGGCUGAAGGCAUCUUCCGCGGAAGAUUUCAACAUCCGCUCGAUCCUUGAUUGGGAGUAUUACAUUGAGCGACUGGGGAGUGCCAUUCAGAAAAUCAUCACCAUACCAGCAGCUCUACAGCAGAUACCAAAUCCUGUGCCUCGCGUCGCCCAUCCACCGUGGCUGCACAAACGCCUGUUGGAAAAGGACGACGUUCUGAAGCAGAAGCGCAUUAAUGAGCUGUUUAGUGCUGCUCCUAAGCCAAAGGACGCAAAUGACGAGCCGCAGACGGACGACAUUGAGGACCUCGGCGAGCCAGCACGGCCUCCCUCCAGCUCACGGCCCAUAGUGGCCACCGUGACCCACCGGAAGAGGGCCAGGUCACCCGUGGAAAAGAGGAGCGACGAUGACCUCAAGAAGUCGUGGAGGGAGACCUUGGGACCCCCGCCACAGUUGGGUCACUCUCGGAAAGAGCUGGUGGCGUGGCUCGAAUUCCACAAGAAGAAGUGGGAGCUUCAGCGUAAGCAACGCCAGGCACGAGGAAAGCGCCUCAACAGAGGAGAGGGUGCUGCUUCCACAAGUGGUGCCAAGACCUCUGCAUCGUCGGGAGCCAUCAUCCGCGCAGGAGGCACGGCAACGCUGGGAGGCUUUCUCCGCAAGGCACAGCGCAAUCUCCUUGACUCGCCUUGGCAGAUCAUUCAGUUGGCGGAGACGGGCCAGCCGGGCGUCUUUCGUCUCUGGGUUCUGGUGGGUCCUGAGCUGCACCAGGUGCGGCUGGUGGUGCCCAGGAUCUUCUACGUCAAUUCCAAGGUGCCCAAGGAGGAAGAGAACCUCACUUGGCGCAAAGUGACAAGACAUCUCCCGAGGUCGCACCCGGUCUACUAUUUGUAUGAGUAUUCCAUUGACGAGUCCAUCUUUCAGCAGAGGAGCGAGGACAUCAUGCAGGAGCUGUCUGCCCCCCACAUUGAGGGAAUCUAUGAGACACAAGUUCCCCUCGACUUCCGGGUGAUGGCCCAGCUCGGCUGCGUCUGCCUGUUGUCGAAGCAGUCCUACAGGGAGUAUGCCUCAAAGGAAACAGACACAUUUAAUUUCCAACACCUUGAGUUUGGGACCCUGGCUCAGCAUGAUUACUUGGAACCUGGAACCCUGAAGUACAUUUAUCUGUACCACCAUGCUGAGAGCCAGAAAAUGAUGUUCGGCAUGUUCCUGCCUCCUGUCAAGAAGGCUGUGGUGUUCGUCGUGGACACUGUGCGUUCCAAUCAGAUGCCCAACAUGAGCACUCUCUACAAGAACGAACGACAGGCCAAGAUCUCUCGAGGCACGGCCGCAGACCUGCUUCCGGAGGAAGGCUACGCAUUUGAGGUCAGAGUGGAGACAGACGUGCGCUCGGUUCACCGUGCCAUCCAGAGGAACUUGUCCCUGUAUCGCGACGAAAAACGGGGACCCACCAUGCUGGCGGUCCAGAGUUGUCUCGCUCUGGAAGAACUGACUUCCUCGAUGCCCGCCCUGUCGGAGUUUCCAGUGGUGCCCAUGCACGUCGAAGACAAAGAGGACCUCUACCACAUUCUCGAGUGGCAGAAGAUUGGGGCCAAGGCCAUGAUUCGGCAUUAUCUCAACGUGGAAACAAUCCUUACUACGAUGCUGGAGCAGUGUCGCUACUUCCACGUACCCCUAGGCAACCUUCCCCGUGACGCCACCCUGUUCGGCUGCGACCUGUUUUACGCACGCCACCUGCAGAGGCAGAACUUUGUGCUCUGGUGUUCUCAGGCAGACAGGCCGGACCUCGGCGGCAAGGAGGCUGACGACAACUGCCUGUCGGCUGAAUCUGACACAACAUCAGCAGUGGAGGUGAACAACCCUGGAGCCUACAGUGCCGUCUGCGUGGAGCUGGACCUUAACGGACUAGCUGUUACAACUAUCCUUCAGUCCCAGAACCUGACAGAGCUCGAAGGGAUAAGCUCGAGUGUGGCCUUCGAUGCUGGGGGUGCGGCCUGCCUCUCCCUGGAUUCGAUGGUCGGGGGCGGCCAGCAGGCGUCUGCUUCCACCCUGGCGAGCUACGAUGACGUUGCUCUCUCGGCGGGCGCCUUCCGCAUACUGCGCACCAUGGUGGCCGGCUGGCUGCGGGACGUGGCUGUCUACCGCAACGUCUUCGCCGACUUCCAGCUGGCACACCUCUUCCGGUGGCUGAAGAGUUCCCAGUCGCUGCUGUAUGAGCCCGUUCUCAAGAGGAUCCUCAACAACCUGAUGAAGAAGAUGUUCCUGCAGCUGGUGGGAGAGUUUGAGCGGCUCGGCACAGUGGUGGUGUACGGCAGCACGGGGCGCCUGGUGGUAUGCACCAAGCGUCGGCGGCUGCAGGAUGGCCUUGCCCACGUCGACUACGUCAUCAACGGCGUGCGCGGGAAGGACCUCUUCCACAGCCUCGACCUGACACCCCGGACGGCCUGGCACUUCCUGCUCUGGAUGGAUCCUGCAGAUCAUGGCGGAGUACAGGGAAAACAGGAAUCCCCUGAGGGAGAGGAGGAACAAGAAGAGGCAGAGGUGCGCAUGUUCUGGAACUUGGCUCGUUUCUUGCCCGAAGCAGGUGCUGUGCAAGAAAACUUUAAUAUGGUCAUUGGUGGCUACAUAAAUUCUGUGUACCUGAAACUGAAGCAGGAAAUCGAAGCCCCUGGAGCCUCCCAGGUUCAGCGUAGAACUAUCAGUCAGGCGCCGAAGGAGCAGAGCGUUGGCUCAGAGACUGCAACAUACAUGAAGCAGCUAGUCAGUGGAGAGCUUGCCCAGAGACUUUUUGGCAUUACGCAGAAAAUACAUCAGAAGCUUCCGUCGAAUCUCCUGGAUGGGGAAAGCGUGUUUCCCACCAUUCCGGGCUCUCAUCUGUCUCAGUCUAGUCCUGCUCUGGAAUUUGUCAAGGCCGUCUGCCAAGUGCUCUCGUUGGAUGGGAACAUAACCCAAGAGGUGACCAAACUGCGUCGAGAUCUCCUCAGGCUCAUUGGCGUUGGAGAGUUCAGUGACCAGGCCACGUGGAGAGACCCAUGCCUCUCCUUCAUGCUCACAGAGGUUAUCUGCAAGACCUGCAACAACUGCAGAGACCUUGACCUCUGCAAGGAUCCUUACCAGGGAUUGGACAGCCAUGGCAUACCUCGGUGGCAUUGCUCCAUGUGCGAGAGUCCCUACGAGAUGGCCGAGAUCGAAGCCCUGCUGCAGGAAAACCUCCAGCAACUCUGCAUGGCACAGGUGCUGCAGGACUUGCAGUGCACCAAGUGUCAUAUGAUCAAGCGGUCCAACAUGAUGAAGUACUGCGAGUGUGCUGGUCCCUUCCAGCCCCUCCUGUCACGUGAGGAUCUCGAGAGGAAGUUGAGCAUCUUCCUGAACAUAGCCAAGCACUUCCACCUUUCUCUUUUAGAAGAAAACAUCAACUGGAUUCUGAAGCACAAAUAAGCAGCAUUUGCAAAGCAUGCAACGCUAGUACAUGUACAAAUAAAUCUGUUUUAACCGUCUUU